UUCUUCACGCGCGUCGCCACACCCCGGUGGAAACCGGGACGUGUACGAAUGAAGGAGCGAUUCGCGCAAAUCAUCGUCGGUAGCAUUAUCAAAGCCAAGAUAAACCGCCGACCUUCUUCUCCCUAUCGGGACUGCCUUGCGAUUCCAUCGUAAACAGGCGGCGAGCUCGACUUAAACGUACGCCUCUCAAACCACCAUCUAUAGAAGGAAAAAAGUCCCAAGAAAGGCUUACCACUAACGUACGCCCUAGGGGUAGAACACACGGGCCAAGAUGGCGCAUCGGCUGCUCAGGGAUCUGGAAGCUGACGGAUGGGAGCGUUCCGAUUUCCCCAUCAUCUGCGAGUCGUGCCUUGGCGAUAAUCCCUAUGUUCGAAUGACAAAGGCAGACUUUGACAAGGAAUGCAAAAUUUGUACCAGACCAUUCACAGUUUUUAGAUGGAGGCCAGGUCGUGAUGCGAGGUUUAAAAAGACAGAGGUUUGCCAGACAUGCAGCAAGCUGAAAAAUGUUUGCCAAGUUUGCCUGCUAGAUCUUGAGUAUGGCUUGCCCGUUCAGGUUCGAGAUACCGCUCUUGCCAUAAAUUCAAACGAUGCUAUUCCAAAAAGCGAUGUGAAUAGGGAGUACUUUGCAGAGGAGCAUGACCGGAGGGCCAGAGCUGGCAUAGAUUAUGAAUCUUCGUAUGGAAAGGCACGCCCAAAUGACACUAUCUUGAAGCUACAAAGGACAACACCCUAUUACAAAAGGAACCGAGCACAUGUUUGCAGUUUCUAUGUGCGUGGUGAAUGCACAAGAGGUGCAGAGUGUCCUUAUCGGCAUGAAAUGCCUAUUACAGGGGAGUUAUCUCAGCAAAAUAUAAAAGAUCGUUACUACGGAGUCAACGAUCCUGUUGCACUGAAAUUACUGAACAAGGCAGGUGACAUGCCAUCACUUGUCGCCCCCGAUGACGAGAGCAUAAAGACCUUGUACGUUGGUGGGCUCGAUGCGAGAGUCACGGAACAGGACCUGAGGGACCACUUCUACUCCCACGGUGAGAUCGAAUCUGUACGCAUGGUGCUUCAGCGUGCGUGUGCAUUUGUUACGUACACAACCAGAGAAGGGGCCGAGAAAGCGGCAGAAGAGCUCUCGAACAAGCUCGUCAUAAAGGGUCUGCGAUUGAAGCUCAUGUGGGGAAAGCCUCAGGCUUCAAAGCUGGAAUCUGAGAACCAAGACGACGAGUCCACGAGGCAAGGGGUGGUGGCCCAUGGAGGGAUGCUGCCGAGGUCCGUCAUAUCGCAGCAGCAGAAUCAACAGCUCCAACCGCCGGGGACACAGGACCAACCACCACUUCACUACUUCAACAUCCCACCGCCAGCCCCACCAGAGCGGAAUUUAUAUCCGUCAAUGGAUCCUCAGAGGAUGGGUGCUCUUGUACCAUCCCAAGAAGCGAGUGGGUCCGGUGAUGCCAAAGCAGGCCUGGAGAAGCAGCUGCCGCCGCCGCCGCAAGGGCAUUUUGCUUAUCAGGGCCUGCUGCCACCUCAGCAGGGUCAGUAUCCACCGUACUAUCCGCCUUAUGGGUAUAUGCACCCACCUCCGCCGCCGACCUAUCAGCCAUUUCAUCCACCGUAUCCUUCCACAGCAGCAGCCCCACCUCCCGUCCCUCCGGCAAUGCAACAUCAGUAUCCCCCGGCCCCACCAGGCUCCGCACAGUAAUUUUUGUUUUUAUUUUUAAUCCUUUCUAAAUACAAGAAUUGGGUCAUCUGAUUAAGUUAGCCUUGGAAUUUGUUUUCUUGAUUUUCUUGGCCUAAAAUUGCUCAUGGCUCUUUGCUCAAGAUAAUUAAACUCAGUAUUGUUUCUUCUUC